UAACUAAUAAUAGCCCGGAUAUUUAAAAGGAAACUAGACAAACGGGGAUUUUCCAUUGGCGAUUCAUUGACUGUCAGGGAUUUUUAAGACGUAACAAAACAAAAAUGACAUCGCCGCCAGAGACUGAGAUUGUCAAAAUCAACAAUAUGGCCGAUAAAAGAAAUUACGAUGAAAAGAAUGACGAUGAAAGUAAUGAUGAUAAAAGCAGUGAUGAUGAAAGCAAUGACGAAGAACUGUUAGAUCUUAACUUUCCAAAAACAGACGUGACUUUGGUGGUGGAGGGUAAAAAAAUUCACGCCAAUAAAGCUGCCCUUUCUCAACAUUCACCAAUGUUUAAAGCUAUGUUUUGUGGAAAUUUCAAGGAAAGUACACAAGAGGAGGUACCACUUCGGGACAAAAAAUACCAAGAUGUUGUAGAAUUUCUCCAAUGUUUUUAUCCCAACAUGAAACAUGAGGUCACAGAACAAAAUGUACUGAAAAUACUACCAUUGGCACACGAAUACCAGUCGCCUCUUGUUGAUGAUUGUGAGAAGCUCUUGAUAAGCAUGUGUAAACCAGGAACAAGUCUGACAGUGACGUCACUACUGGAUUACAUCAUAGCAGCCGAAAAAUAUGGCCUAGAAAAGUUACUGGAUGCUGCAAUGAAGUUUUGUGCCCGUGUAGACUAUGGUCUUCUAAACGGAAAAAUAUUUAAUCGUUCGUAUGAUUACGAGAGGGGUAAAUAUCAAUACAAGCCCACAGUAGACAAAAGAAUUUCUGAGAAAUUCAAGAAUAUAGACCCUAAACAUCAGCAUACAAUUGCAGAAAAAAGACUCCACUUUCUUGAGAUGAAUAAAAGAAGAAAAAGCAAUAAGGAUCCAGUUACUGCAGAUUACAAUCUUAUGUUGUCUGAUUGAGUUCUCUGCAUAAUGUUCAUAAAAUAAUUAACCACGUAUAAUGUCGGUAUCAAAUCAAUCGACAACUUAUUCUUAGAACAACUUUUUCAUAGUCUUUAUAUAGGAUUUUAACAUGCAAACGUAUUAAAUUUGA